AUGUCCUCACCAUCCACUCCACGGUCGACGCGUUCCGUGUCGCCCGCGGGUGAUUCGCCGAACAUUAUUACGCCCGGCCAGAAGAUCAAGGCUAUGAUGGCUCAAUUCGACAGCGAUUCGGAUGACGAUUUUCAAAUUGCCAAAUCAACAGAUGCAGUCUCGAAGCUUGAUCUAGGGCGUGUUUCGGUGCCGGCUGCUGAGACGCGGAAGAAUGGUCCAUUGGACGACCCAGAAGAGGACUCAGACAGCGCAGAUGAGGUUUUCCGACCAAGGGGCCGUAUGGCCGCUCGUUUACAGGAUAGUGCUGGAUCAGCAGAACUCGAGCACGAAAAUUCAGCAUUUGUCCGCGUGUCGAAAGCCAUCCGAUCAGAAAGACAGGACCAGAAGCCCGAACAGACAGAACCACAACCUACACUCGUCAGCGAAUCUAGUGAUGAUGAUCUACCUGCAGCCAACCGGAGGAGGAAGCAUACGCCCACAGCCAACUCCCCUAGGUCCAAUAAUAGGACGAGCCAAACCCCUCCCCGUUCAAGACCCGACUCUCCCCUCUUUGUAUCUUCUCCAGGCGAACCGCAUGACGACCCAGAUGCCGGGAAUGAGGAGACCGAAGAUUCCAGCGAGAUGAGGCCUAAAGGAAACGCCCGUUUCAUGGCUCUUGUUGCUCAAAAGCGCAAAGAACGCGAAGAGCGAGAGAAAGCCGAGGCCACAAAGAAGGCCAUCCGCAGAGCCCAGAUGGAGCAGUUUAGUUCACAAGUAGUUUCAGGCGAGGAGAGCGGUGCUGAGGACCCGCGAUCUGAGAGCAAGCUUUCCCAGAAAGCUCGUCAGCCCCGGAAAGCUAGUAAGAAGGCACUGGAUGAGAUGAGACAGGAGACUCAGCGGAUGAGCCGCAACAUGCAACUUGCUCACCAAGCCAAGACAAAAAAGAAAAUCACCAAGGAAAGCCUCUUCGCUAAAUUCAACUUCAUGCAACCCGACACACCGGUCGAGCAACUCACAGCAAAUUCAUCAUCCGCGGUUGGAUCUCAAAAUUCAUCUGAUGGAGAACUACACACCAAAACCAAAGAUACCCCGCAUACUUCUCCAGUUGCUAGCCAUUUGGAUGCUCUCAAGUCGACCGCCGAUUCUGAUCGUGCUCAAGUUCAGGCAGCUGAUGUGGAUAUGGAUGUGGACACUAAAGAUUUGCCUGACCCUAAAGACCUCCUGGUGCCAAGUCAGCACCCUUCAUUGUGCAAGGGCCUCGACGCCCAAGAUGCCUCGACUUCUGUGCCUGAACCCGAGGGCGCCAAAUUGAAGAGAGUUUCGCGCCCAUUGACGCAACCAUCUAUUCGCGUGCUACUUUCUAGACAACAGGUUGCUGCGCAUCAGAAAGACUCAGACGAUUCCGAUAGUGAUCUUGAGGUCGUAACAGACCCUAGCAAGUGCCGUCGUCUCGCAGCGUUCGAAAACCUCCCUACUAGACAGUUACAUGAAGACCCGUCCAUGACCAAGCUCAAGGCAUUGGCACACCUGACAUCUCCUACCCGAAAAAUGGCUUCCAUGAACGCUGCGGAGCUUUCCGCAAGCCUUUUGUGGCGGGCGCGGCAGCAAGCAGCCAAGGAGCGACAGGAGCGCAUUGAGGAACUCAGGGCCAAGGGAGUGGUCAUUGAAACAGCCGAGGAGCGUGCAGCGAUGGAGGAUGACAUGGAAAACCUUGUUGACAAAGCACGCAAAGAAGCAGACGAAAUCCGCCGGCUGGAAAAGGCUGCUAGGAAGAAGGCCAACGUUGACGAUGAGGAAGAAGAGGAUGAUGACUACGAGCUUUCUGGCUCUGAUCAGGAGGGAGGUGACGAAGAAGACGACGAAGAUGACCAAGAGGAAGAAAACGAGCGUGUCAAUCGCGGCGGUGAUCUCCUCGAACGGGAGGCAGAUCAAGACGACGAUUCGGCUGACGACGAGAGUGAGACCGUUCCUUCGGAUGCCGAGAAUGAGUUGCCUGCCGCGAGGCGAAAGCGACGAGCUCGAGUGAUUAGUGAUGACGAAGACGAAGACGAACCACAAGCACCUUCAACACCUGUGAGAGCCCCGAGCUAUGUCCCGAAUUCCGUCGAACGACCCAACUUUCUUGGCAUGGGAACACCAGGCAAUCUGUCCCUAGGUCUUACCCAGGCAUUUGCCUCCACGUUGGAUGACAAUGGUGUCGACAGCCAAGUGGAAUCUGCCACCAUACCUUUCUCACUCUCAGACCCCGGUCACGUUGUUCCUCGACUUCAAAAGGAAGAAUCAGAGAUUCUUGUCCCAGACAGCCAGCCCCAGCCCCAUGACAAAGACUUCGUGGAAGGCUAUACGCAGAAUGUAACCCGAAUCUCAGAGUCGCCUGCGCCAUAUGCCUUCUCAGAGUAUUCCCAAUCACAAUUGCCCGACCCAACCCAGGACGAGGGCUUUGUUUUCUCACCAUUCGAUCCUGCGAAAAGAUUCAAGGGUACCCCGCCCAUGUCUACGGUCGACACCGUCCUUGUGGGCCAAACUCAGUCACCCAUUGCUGACCGCAAACGCAAAAUGCUGCGCCGAGGACGUGCAGUUAAACUAUCUCAAGUUGACGAGGAUGAUAAUGAAGGCGGCUUUGAAAUCGACGCCAAUGCCUUUGAUAUCAUGAAGAGAAAUAGGGCUGUAAAGAAGAAUCCUGCUCCGCAAUACAACAAGAACAACAGCAAGGCGAAAGAGAUUGUCGAUGAGGCCGCUGAAGAAUCCGAGGAUGAAUAUGCCGGCCUUGGAGGUAACAGUGACGAGAGUGAUGGCGAAGAAAAUGCCAUCGAUCGCCAAAUGAUCAAUGACAAUAGUGGCGAGGUGGUUGACGAGAAGCAACUUGCCGCACUCAACGCGGUUCACGAUCGCAACCGUGAUGAAAAGGACGUCGCCAAGUUGAUGAGAGAUAUCACCACUGGAGCCCUCCGUCGUCGAAAGAAUGCGGAUGAUGACUUUGACCUCGACGACUCAGACGAUGAGCUCCUAGCACGUCGCCGUGAGAAACAACGAGAGUUCGCUAAGAUGCGCCGCGCCCUCCUUGCAGACGAGAAGAUCGGCGAGAUCGCCGAGAAUCCUAAGAAGGCCGCAUUCUUCAAGGCCGUUGAGGAUCGCGAAGUUGAUGAUGACUUUAACAUCGACUUCUUGGAGGAGGAAGAGAACGGCUCCCAAGGAGAAGCCUCACAGGGCCCUGCUUCAGCAGAACAAUCGAAUGAUGCGACGAGCGAUGGUCAGAACCGCAAGCGCCCUCUCGAACCAUCGGCUGAAGAUGCAACCAACCGUCCUCCAGCUCGCCUCCGUCGCACCCCCGCCAGCGCAAUGUCAAAGAAACCAGCUACCAUAGCAGAGAUUCGUGAAACGUUGUCCUUCCUUACUGAAACCCCCGAUUACGACUCUUUCCAGGACGACGCUUCUCUCGACGAUGAACAGCCCGACCAAGAUGAAGACACUCCUGGCGCGGAAGAAGUCCAAGGCGACGACGAUCAUUCACAGUCGGACAAGGCCUUUGCCAAACCCAGUCACCCACGCCGCACGCGCGGAGUCGUGGUCGACCGCCUUGCACUCCUCCGACAAGCGUCGUCCAACUCGGCCACAGGCACCAACUCUGGCCUCGCAGACUCAAAGCUUGCAUUCCACAGUGGUAGCGGCGGAGAUGGUCCUAUUGGAUUCCGCCCUCCUCAACUCCUGCGUCGUGUUACAAGUGGUUCCUCAUCUUCCAGCAGCUCGAAUGCCUCCAACCGUGUCUCCAAAGCUGCAGCUUCAGGUCCCAAGAAGGGCGGUGCUGUCAACUCGUAUGCAGCUGCGCGUGAGCGUGAGCGUGAAAAGGAGCUUCGUAUCAAGCAGCGCAGUGGAGGUUCUAACAUUGCCAAGUUAUUGGGUAAACAUACUGGUAGUGGUUUGGGUGGGUUGGAUAAGGGUCAAUGGGAGUGA